CCCGUCUGUCUGCAGGUCUGCGUGGCUGUUGUCCCCAGCACUCUGUGACGCCUGACAAGGAGGCGCAACCUGUCCAGAGUCUCUGCAGGCCAGGAAAAGCAGGGGAAACCUCACCAUGGAGAAACCCUACAGCAAAAAUGAAGGAAAACUUGAAAACGAGGGAAAACCGGAAGAUGAAGUAGAGCCUGAAGAUGAAGGAAAGUCAGAUGAGGAAGAAAAGCCAGACGAGGCGGGAAAGCUAGAGGAUGAGGGACAGCCAGGUGAUGAGGGACAGCCGGGAGAUGAAGGAAAGCACGAAAAGCAGGGAAAGUGCGAAGAUGAGGGCAAGUCACAGGGCGAGGGCAAGCCAGAAUCCCAGGCAAAGCCAGAGAGCGAGCCGCGGGCAGCCGAAAAGCGCCCGGCUGAGGAUUACGUGCCCCGGAAAGCAAAAAGAAAAACGGACAGGGGGACGGACGAUUCCCCCAAGGACUCUCGGGAGGACUUACAGGAAAGGCAUUUGGGCAGUGAGGAGAUGAUGAGAGAAUGUGGAGAUAUGUCAAGGGCUCAGGAAGAGCUAAGGAAAAAACAGAAAAUGGGCGGUUUUCACUGGAUGCAAAGAGAUGUCCAGGAUCCAUUCGCUCCAAGGGGCCAAAGGGGUGUCCGGGGAGUGAGGGGCGGAGGGAGGGGCCAAAGGGGCUUAAACGAUAUCCCAUACCUUUAA